GAGAUGACAAGGAUAUCAUAUAUCAAAUGUCUUACUAUAUAGAUUGACUUUAUUACUGGGUCUGGGUUAACUGUAGAGAGAGAUUGAAUGUUGAGGCUUUUGGGUUUUGAAAGUUGUUUGAAAAUUCUAUAAAAAGGGGAUCAAAUUGGAUCUCAUAAACACCGAUCAAGAGUUUAUCAAUCCCAAUGGGGAAUUCAAAAAAUGCUGUGACAUCUUUCUUAGCUCCAUUCCCUUCCAUUAUUUUCUAUCUGACAUUCCUUCACCAUUUAAAAACUGAAACUUCAUCUCUUUCUGCUCUCUGGUUAUGGUGCUCAAAUCACCCAAUUAUAUUAGCAAACAUAUUUUUCUUCUUCAAUGUUAACAUCCUCUUCUGGGUUAUUGGUACUAUUCAAUCUAGUCACUGGAUGAUAGACUUGUACUGGACAGUAAUUCCUGUAUUGCUUGUUCACUACUAUGGAACUCAUCCAUAUGGUUUCUCAAAUCAAUGGAGAUCAACUAUUGUGAUUUUGUUAACUUGGAUUUGGAGUAUUAGACUUACUCACAGUUACUUUAGAAGAGAGAAAUGGCAGUGGGGUGCUAAAGAGGAUUGGAGGUUCUGUGAUAUGAGACCACAGUAUGGUAAACAUUGGUGGUGGGCAUCAUUUUUUGCAGUCUAUGUCUCUCAGCAGGUCUUUCUCAUAGGAAUUUGCCUUCCAAUGUAUGCCAUUCAUUCGGUUGAGAAAACAUGGGGCAUGUGGGAUGUACUAGCUACAUUAGUAUGUCUUUCGGGAAUUGUUAUUGCAUACAAUGCAGAUACACAGCUCAACGAAUUUGUAACUAGAAACAAUACACUUCAACAACUUGGGUCACCUGCCAUUCCCACCCUUGAAACGGGAUUGUGGCGAUACUCACGACAUCCGAAUUACUUUGGCGAACAGUUAUGGUGGUGGGGGUUAGCAUUGUUCGGGUGGAACGUAGGUCAUGGUUGGACUUUCGUGGGUGCUCUUGUAAAUACUUUAACCUUGGCAUAUGUAACGAUACUUGUAGAAAGAAGGAUGCUGAAACAAGAAAAAAGAGCUAAUGCUUAUAAGAUGUAUCAGAAGACAACGUCGGUCUGGAUACCUUGGUUUAAGCUUUCUCCUACGGAAGCUACAAAAGAUAAGACUACUUGACAUGAUCACUUUGCUUUGUAUUGUCUUUUGAAGUAAGCGAGUACUCUUUUCUGCGAAAGAAUUUGUUUUGGUUAUGUUCCCUGCCUUUGUAGAAUCUCUCCCUUCUCAUGUAAUUUGAAGAUAUUUGUCAAUGAAAACAAUCUUACAAAUUUGGUUUUCCAGUUUA